AUGUAUGUUCUUCCUACAAGAGAACUGAAUGAUGGUAAUCGAAUACCUAUUAAUGGUCUUCGACUAUUUCAAGCAGAUGUUUAUAUAGGAACAAUUAAUCUUGUUAAAUUAGCAACUAGAGAAGGUUAUCAUCUAUUUGAUACAGCUCAAUUAUAUGAAAAUGAAUUUAAAACUGGACAAUGUUUAAGAUUAUCGGGUGUUUCACGUCAACAAUUAUUUAUAACAACAAAACUCUAUACAACAGCUGGUGGACGUUCAUAA